AUGGUCGCCAUGUAUACCGUUGCCGGCCGCCAGAUCGGUUCGCACUAUCUGGCUAUUGCCACCCUCGGCGCAACUUUCGGCCUUCCCUGGCUAUUGACAAGAGGUGGUUCAUCCAAGAAAUCAACCACGCCCCCCAUCAACGCUUCAAGCAAGGAUGAGGAGAAGUUUAUUCAGUAA